AUGACCAGCACAAGGACCAACACAAGGACCAACACAAGGACCAACACAAUACGAACGACCGACUCACCUGGUCAAACCUCUGUACCGGGCUUGGAGUGGUCAUCUAGCCGGACGACUCAUUCAUCGCCAGAGAUGACCAUUUCACAAAAGAUAGGAUAUUCUGACCAAGGGUCUCCCUGGGAGGGAAUCCAGAUCGGUACUGCUCGCUCCCCAAACACCUCCUGGUAUGGACCCUCAUCACUAUUUUAUUUCAUUGGGCGCAUGAAUAGCUAUCUGGGUGCUAUUCUCCAACAGACCCAGAUGUCAAACCAAAUGGUUCUCCAUGCCACUGCGAGUACAUUAUUAAAUGGUACAAUGGAUGGAAGUCAGGAAGAGGUCUCGGCUCAGCAAGCCGCCCUUUCCGAAGAGAACCCUUUCACAGCUGGAGAAUUUCUCAGCCCAACUCAAGAAGAAUACUUUCUCGAUUUAUUCUGGAAGUCCUACCACACAUGCCUAUUCCCCAUAGUGAAUGAAGCGGAAUUCAAGGCUCAUUAUCAGUCACUUUGGGCCGCAUCAGAGCAAAAAAGGAAAUCAUGUGCGCUUGUCGAUAUUAUGGUAGCUAUUUGCAUGCAACAUGGUGUUUCCCAGCUGGACCCCCAGCAACAAAAGUCCAUAAUCGACGGGGAUCCCAGUGUCGCUGGAUGCUGGUACUUCCGACGUUGCCAUCAGAUAGUUAUUUAUCAGCUUGAAAGCCCUACCAUAUCGACUGUACAGACUCUCAUGCUGUGCUGUAUAUACCUGUGCAACGGCUCAUUUCAGAACAUGUCAGCUACCAUGGCUGCUCUUGCCGCGAGAGCAGCUUAUGCCAUUGGCCUUCAUGUCACCCCUUCGCCUACUUUACCAGCACCGCAACGUGAGCUAAGGAACCGCGUAUGGUGGGCUCUUUAUGAGCUUGACGCGAAGGUUGGAAUGAAACUUGGUCGUCCCUUUCUUCUUUCUCGUUCUGCCACCGAGCCUGAGCUUCCUGAUGAUCAACCUGAGACUUCCAAAGAUUCCGGAUCUCAUUUCGCUCAUUUGGGCGAUAGCAAAACCUGGCUCAGUUUUCAUCUCUACAGCUCGAAAAUUUUCAUUCUUGCGCGGGAGAUACACGAAAAGUUCUAUGAGAGGGAUCUCAAUCUGACUCAAGGUCAGGUCAUUUGGGACCACCCCCAGUUGUUGGAAUCACACGCCGAGUUUGUACAGGCUCACGCGGGAAGCCUAUACCAGUGGGUAGACGAAGUACCCAACGCUCUCAAGACAGAUCGAAAGGAGAACGGAACGCCCUUCUCUACAGAUGGAACCAAACUCAAUAUCGAGCCAUUUGCACCGAUCUGGCUCCAGCGCCAGCGUCUUAACUUGGAAUUGAUAUACCACACCCUAUCGAUCAACAUCCACCGACCUUUCAUAUCCUUCACCCCCGGACCUACCAUGAGUAUAACUGAAAACAUGGCCACUAAAUGUGCUCUUCAUGCAAUGGCACUCAUUAACAUAAUACAUCAAACGCUAUCUUCAACAACCAUUCUUACUGGCUGGCACGAGGCUUUUCAAUGGCAGUGGAAUGCAUCCAUGACUGUUGUCGGUUUCGUACUGGCUUACCCCCGCGGGGUCUUAGCUCCUAAAGCGAUUCAAGCGAUUGAACUGUCCAUCGCUGUUUGCGAGAUUUUCGGAGAAAAAUUCUCUGUCGCGAACAGUGCAGCAACAAUCCUACGAAACCUUGGUCCCAAGAUCAACUUCCUGCAACAGUAUCAUUCAGACAUUCACCCUACGCUACAGGAAGCUGGGACCGAGCAAGAAAUGCACACGGAUGGAAUGAUCAAGCCAGCAGCUGGUACUGAAUGGCUUGAUAAUCUCAUGGGUGGGUCCUCAGAGCUCGAUAGCUCUCUCAUGAUGCCGAUGCAAGAUAUGUUCCAGAUGGCGUAUUCAAUUGAGCAGUGGAUUGAUUUGGAUAAUUUGUUACCGACAUUGGAAGGUGAAUCAUGGAAUAUGCAGGGCCCUAGUUUAGGUACCUUUUGA